CAAGCGUGGUGCAACUACGUUAAUUGCUCGUGACGAUAGUUAAGGUGCGAUUUCACGAGCCGCUCGAAUCAGCCGUUUCGAGCGACAAAUUUGUCGCUUUUACUUUAGCGGCUAAAAUUUUGUAGAUGGAACAGUUCCAACUACAAGCGUUUGACGCUGAAACGCUCUGCGAUGUGAACAGUGCUACCGCGAAGUCGAUAUCGCAAUACAUAACCUUCAUUUCGAAUAAGUUUGAGAACGUUUAUGAAUUCGGAUCUAUACAACAGAUUCACGACGCUUUACUUUUUUUUUUAAAGUUAGUUAGAAACCAUUCGUCGAACAUGUAUCAUUUGGAAAAACUUUUACAACAAUCUACAAACGAAAAUGUAGAAAUAAACAUAGUUGCAACUUGUGGGUUAUGUGAAACCAUAUGCGACAUGAAUGAGGUAGGUAAUCACAUGUGCCUUCAAGGCUUCGAUAAGUGUCACUUGGAUAAAAACAAUUAUUUUUAUCCAAUAUGUAGUAAGUAAAAUUCGUGUAAAUGAUUAUUAUCUUAUUUAAAAGCAUUUCUUAUAAUAUUUUAUAAUAAUUUGUAGCAGAUGGAACUAUAUUAAGGCGUAGUUUAGUUAACGAUUCAGAAAUUAUAGUUCAAGAAGAUUUGGAAUCAACGAAUAAAAGAAAAAACGUAAGAAAAAAGUUAAAUAUCGCAGAAAAGGAGAAUUUGCUGCAAAUCGAGGAACAAUUAAUUUUAGAAGUUCAUGCACGCGAAGCUUUGUGGAAUCCACAAAUUGAUUUAUCUUGUCGCAGCAGAAAAGCGGUUGCACAAUUAUGGAAAGAAGUUUCCGAAGCCUUAAAUGGUAAUUCAAAUUGGCAAUUCAGUUAAAAUAAUGAAAUUAUUAUAAGAAUAAUAUCAA